UCUCGACACGGAGCUCCAGAUUUUAACUUCAGCUCUGAAUAGCAGGAUCAGAAGGAAGGACGAAUCAACGAUGGUGGCGGUGGAGAGAGAUUGCCGAUAGUGGAAAGCGGGAGAGAGAAAGAGGGAGAGAGAGGGAUUGUUCGAAUAGAAGAUAUUGUUGGCCUUCAACCCGUACUCAUCUUCUUGCUUGUCUGCUCGGGUCGGUCCAGUAGCUUAUUUGGAGCAAAGGAAGGGAGAUUAUUAGGAUUGGAUACUUAAAUCAGAGUUUAUUUUGUGACCGGUGUCCGUAGGGAUGCUGGAAGAGUGGUUAAUUUCGAGGGCCUUACCAAGAUCCCGUGGGCAAGAAUCCAAGUUAACUUAUAUGACCCACCAUCUUUUGGAGGGUGCCAGCAACAGAAGUUCUAUUGGUGUUUUAUCUGGAGAUUCUUUUGAGGUUGUUAACACAAAUAAAAAUUUGGAGAUUCUUUUAUUUAGAUCAUCCAAAUUUUCUGAUUCAUCCACAGUUAAUCCCGAUUGUUGUGAUUCAAAUAACCUCAUCAGCCCUAUUGGACGAGAUAAUUCAAUCAGCUGCUUGAUGAGGUGCUCUCGCUCUGAUUAUGGUGCCCUCGCCUCUCUCAACAGCGGCUUUCGCUCCCUCAUCAGAAGUGGAGAACUGUACCGGCUUCGUAGAAUGAAUUCAAUCACAGAGCAUUGGAUAUACUUCUCUUGUAACGUGAAUGAGUGGGAAUCCUACGAUCCUUAUUGUGCCCGGUGGAUCAGUUUGCCCAGGAUGACCCAUAACGAAUGCUUUAUGUGCUCCGACAAAGAGUCCCUUGCUGUCGGUCCCGAGCUUCUUGUAUUUGGGAAGGAAGAAAUCUCCCACAUUGUGCGGAGAUAUACCAUCCUCACAAACUCUUGGUCGCAUGGUGUUACAAUGAACUCACCUCGUUGCUUAUUUGGCUCUGCAAGCGUUGGAGAGAAGGCCAUUGUUGCAGGUGGAAGUGACGCCAAUGGCACUAUUCUGAGCUCUGCGGAGCUUUACAAUUCCGAGACACAAACUUGGACAACUCUGCCAAGCAUGAACAGGCCUCGGAAGAUGUGCUCCGGUGUAUUUAUGGAUAAAAAGUUCUAUGUGAUUGGAGGAAUGGCUAGCAACACCGAAUUGCUUACUUGUGGAGAAGAGUUUGAUCCUGAUAAAGGCACAUGGACUCUUAUUCCUGAUAUGUCCUUAGGUCUGAACGGAGCUCGGGGAGCACCGCCGCUUGUCGCCGUGGUUAAUAACGAGCUUUAUGCCGCACAUUACGCACUCCAAGAACUGAGGAAGUACGAUAAGCAAAACAACAUUUGGAUCACUUUGGGAAGAUUGCCUGAAAGGCCGGUGUCGAUGAAUGGGUGGGGGCUUGCUUUCAGGGCGUGUGGGGAACGACUUGUAGUCAUAGGUGGUCCAAGGACAUUGGGCGGAGGGGUGAUUGAGCUCCACUCAUGGAUUCCUAAAGAGGGGCAGCCGCCAGUGUGGAGUAUGAUUGCUACAAAGCAGUCAGGGAGCUUUGUUUAUAAUUGUGCUGUAAUGGGCUGCUGAGUCUUUUUUUUUUAAUGCAAAGUACACAUCUUUUCAAUGGAGCGGAAAGCUGGUAUAUACAGAGGGCAUCAAAUACUGAUUUUUGCAGUUUGGUGAUCGUUGGCUAUUUUGAAUUCCAGAUUGGACGUGUGUAACUUCUGAACUUCUUUGAUUACUUUUGGAGUUUUUUUUUUUAUCAUUCCUGUCAUUGAAGGGGUGCUUAAAGAAACUAAUUUUCUACCCUUUUUCUAUUAGAGUGGGGGUUUUGGAGGGCUUGGGAUCCUCUAGUGCAGUGACAGAUCAAUAAUACAAUGUGGUUGAUCCUUUCUUUGACAUUUGCAUUUUUCCUGUAUUCUUCUUUUUCACAAAAAAAAAAAAAAAAAAAAAAAAAGAGAAGCCAUUUCUAUUGCUCUGCAUCUUUUGGAAAAAUUAAAGAUGAGAGUCGAUAUAUCUUGUAUAUUACAUUGGUUGAGUAACUUUGGUGUGCAUAUGACUCUUGUACUUCUUUUUAUUUAUAUUUAUUUGAUGUGUCUGGA